GGGUACGCAGCCGUGAUUUAAAUUCUUUUGGCAAGAUUGUAUAUGACGAUAUAUGUCGAUCAUCUUCUGCCUGGCGCCGCCGUUUCGUGGUCCGUCGCCGUAGCUGCAUUUUGUCUACAGUUGCAACAUUGUCAGUUCUCAAUGGAUUUUUAAUCGGGCAGACAGUAGUUUCUGUUAACGUUAUUGCAGACAAUUUAUUACUUAUACACACAUUUGGACGAAGGAAAAAAGAAGGCCCCAGUUAAAAUUAUUACCAACCGCCUGACUGACUUGCAGCGAUAACUAAUAACCAUUAUUAUUCGUUUGUCGGUUGAUCAUUACUGCACAAUUUCGCCUUCCCGAUUCCGACGAUUUCGUAUGGACUGCGUGGCGCAGUUGCUCUAUCAAUAUCAUCUAUUGCCCAUAAUGAUGCAAAGCGAAUUUGUUCCGGAAAUUGUUAUCUGGUCACGAAUACGGCUUCCUGAGCAUACAUAAAAGCCUCCCUUUCCCAUCAGCAGAAUAAACCGUGCGAUAUCGGUUUGUUUCGCUACACACCGUGUGUGCAGUGAAAAUCAGGACCUGUUGCGCAUUGUUGGCUGUUUGUUGUUGUUUUUUUUUUGUUCUUCUGCAUCGUUUGUCGAGCUGUAUGUUUGCUAUUCGUUAUUUUAAACGCAAAAUUCGUCUCCAUGCAUUAUGGAAUCUUCGAGCGAGGGAAUGUACUGUGGGGUGCGAUGACGAGUCGCCAAUCUUGCCGCACAAUAUGGAUGCGCAUAAGAAGGUUGAUGAUGGUGUUUUGGACGCGGAUAAGCUGAAGAAAAUCUUCCAGAAAUUCUGUUGUCUGCUGACUGAUCAUCAGCUCAAACAGCUGCACCGUGUAGUGGAAGGGAAGGGUGCCGGCUAUGGCGAGUGUAUAAUGUUACCGCGCAUGAUUACCUUGCCUGUGGCCAAAUGUGCAUCGCACACUGCUGCAGCGAAUUCCCGAAUUUCUCCUCUCUUGCUGACCAGCAAAGUGUGGCGAUGGAAGGAUCUGCAGGAUACCGGUGAGCUCACCGUGCUGUCGCAUGUCUGUCCUGGCCGUUGUGAUGCACGGAGCGUGGAUUAUGACAGUCAUAAGUGUGUGCCGGAUACGAUGAUGUGUGCUACGGAGAUUAAUAAUUUUCCACCGGAAAUCGCCCAUCAUCUCCAUAACACUCCAUCUGAUAGCCAGCUGGAAUGCUGCAAUCCGUACCACUGGGCCCGGCAAACAGAACUGCCACCAUCUGCUUCCUAUCACUUGGAGAAAUCCGAACAAGCCUUGCUAGAUCUUCUUCCUAGUCAGUUCGAGGGUUCGACAAAUGCUAUGACAGCUGGUGGAAAAGAGUAUGAUGCAACGAUGGUAAAUGAAACCCAAAUAUGCAGCACAGAAACGCGAAUCUCUUAUGAGUUCGGAGGACAGCCGAGUAUCGAUACGAGCGUGGCCUUGCUGGACAUUGAUAAACAACCGCUUCCCGGCGGAGCCUACAUCAAUCCUUCUUCUGUACAUACCGGUCAACACCACUGGUGUUCCGUAAAGUACUGGGAAGAAGGCAGGCAUGAGAGUAAACAAGUAUUUCGAGUGGUACAUCCGGUGUUGAAUGUUUUUAAUGGAGCGACUGCGGCGGCUGUGCCCGAUCAAGUCGGUCUAUCAUUAGAAGCACUCGGCACUCCCAGCGGUCAACGGAGCGGCAAAACUCUCAAACUACGCCAGCGCAUCGGUCUCGGCUUCUGUCUUAUCCGGGAUGAGCGCCGGCGGACGAUCAGUAUCUACAAUCGUACCACAGAUCUCCCGUUGUUUGUGUCCUCACGCUAUUUGGAGUCGAAGCAGGCGGAACAGCCGAAGAGAAGCGCUAAAGUCCUACCGGGAUACUCAGUCACAGCUUUCGAUCUGGAUUAUAAAGAUUUCUCCUCAGCAGCAGUGGGCGCGCCGUCAUGUGAUGUUCCUAAUGUAACCAAGUGUAGCAGUAUUUUUGUUAGUUUCGGCAAGGGUUUUGGGCUGGGUUAUUCGCGUGUCACGGCCGUAAAUUGCCCGUGCAUGGUGGAGAUUUGUCUAGAUAAUUUAUCGCGCAAGCGUCCUCGGUGAUUUUUAUGGCUGGACGGAAAUGAGCAAGAUUUCCAUCGGAGUGUGGAUAAGUGGUGUUACGCGGGUGUUUGGUCCGUUGGAAACUUAGUAUUCCGUCCUAAUUGUGAGGUUGGGAGAAAAUGAUGCAUUUUUCGUUUGCUGCCAAGAUUAACACUACUUACGUUGACUGAUGUUAUGGUGACGUUUUGGAUUGACACGUUCCUGAACAUGUAUGAAGGACACGGAAAUGUGUGCGUGUGUACUCCAGAGGUUAUUAAAUUAAACUGUUUCGA